AUGGCAGACUCCCCGAAGGGGGACCGGGAAGCGUACGCGGCCCGAUUGCGGGCCGUCAGCAUCCUCGGCAUUUCAGUUGGAGUAGUCGCCGUGCUGGCAGCUGUCAUCUCCGGGCCCCUCCUCGUCCAUCAACUCCAACGAGUACAUUCGGUGCUCAGCGACGAGCUCGCCUUCUGCCGAUCACAGUCGGCCGGGCUUUGGGCCGAGUUGGCCGUUUCGGAAGAGCAACUGGGCGUCUCUCCUCGUCGUGAGAAGCGCUCCCCCAGGCGGGCAUCUCUCAAUGGCCACUACGUCCCGCCACCACCACCCUUGGAUAAGCAGUAUGAUGCGGGGCAUUCCAGUGAAUACGGACUCCCGCGACCAUCAUAUACUCCGCCGCAAGCUGUUGGACAUGGCAGCGCCUCCCCCUACGGCGUCGCCGAGCCGUCCAUCAGCCGGCAAACCUGCUCGUGCUCGAUCGGUGAGGCUGGACCUCCCGGUCAACCUGGAACUCCUGGACAGCCAGGCGUCGACGGCCAACCCGGUGAUGAUGGCCAGCCCGGCCCUGAUGGUGUCGCUGCUGCUCCGCUGAAAGAGCAGGAGUGGUGCUUCGACUGCGCGGAGGCCGAGCCGGGAGCUGCUGGAGCUCCCGGGGACCAGGGACCUCCUGGGAAACAAGGAUGCGCCGGACAGCCUGGGUCUCAUGGACAACCAGGAGAAUCCGGAACUCAAGGGCAGCCAGGGCGGAAGGGCCCACCUGGGCCACAGGGGCCACCCGGGCCACCUGGACGGCCUGGAGAUGUCAUCGAAACUGCUGGCGAACCGGGGCCGAGCGGACAAGCUGGUAAAGACGGAUCUGCCGGGCCGGAUGGGACACCCGGACUUCCGGGGAAGAAUGGAGGAGAUGGACCGCCGGGAGAUAGGGGUGACAAUGGCCGACCAGGUGACCGUGGUCGUGACGGUCUGCCCGGAGAAGUGGGGCGACCCGGUGAAGCCGGAUCGCCUGGAAACUGCAACCACUGCCGCAGCAAGGGAUCGGCGGCGACAGCAGCGUCAUCGCAGGCCUCCUACCCCAGCGUGGCACCUCCCAGCACGGCCGGUGGUUACAAGCGAAAUGUGGCGCCAAGCGCAAAGAGCGCCGCUUUUACGAAAAUGGAGUACGACCAGAUACGCCGAACACCGUUCCCCGCUGCGAGCGCCGCAUUUUCUCAAUUC